GGAGGGUAUAAAUAGGGCACCUUCCCAUCCCUAUUCAUCACACAAGCAUCGCGCCUCCCUCUGUGGGACAAUAGGACAGGGGUCUCGCUUCCCAUCGGGAACUUCUCUGACCCAGACCUCGACUCGGUAGUUGUUCCAUCUUCCAACGUCCCGAAGACCAUCUUCCCCGAAAUAUCUGCUGGCUCAAUUCCUGGUCUUCUUCCACCCCUGCAACCAUAGGUUCACCUGGCAAACACCUCAGCAACUAAGGUUGGCCAGAGGAAUUGAGAAACAACAACCUACCAGCUACCGAAGCAAUGGCGUCCAUCGUGUCUACCAUUUCCACGACCUUGGUCUUGUCUCUCGCAUUCGGUGGACAGUUCGUCACACCUCAGAGCAGUUGCCCAGAUGGGGGCUUCAUCACAACUUGUAUCUACCCGGGCUACAAUUUCACCGAUUCCAAUCUCGGCAUGUACUGCCUGAACAACCAGGUCGAUCUAUUUGCAUACAACUGGACCUCGCUCGACCUGAAUCUGUGCGUUGCCAACAACGGCGGAACGUUGAUCGCCUGGGAUAGUGGCGCAUACGCCGACUCAUGCUCCAACUGCUCGGUCACCAAGACCUCCACCCUCUACCUGACCUGCGACUGUGAGGACAUGGGCGGAUCUCAGAUCGCCAGCACCUUGGAUCUCAACACGGUCAUCUACAACGUGGACGGCGCCAUGAAUUGUUGUGGAAAUACGGGCAGCAAGACCUGGAAAGGCCCGGGUAAUGAUGUCGAUAUCCAGGGGCUGAGGGGCACCCAUCUGCCAUGA